CUGCGCCCUGUGGUCUCGCCCGCCCUCGCUGCCAUGUUGGAUUGUGCGGCCGCCGCCGCCGCUGAAGGCCUGGGACGACGAUUGGAGGAGGAGUUGGGAGUUUAGCGCAGUCGCCGGACUGUGAGGACAACGACCAUCCGGCCCGGGUCUAGCCGGGCGGGAGCCCGGAGCUUUCCUUUUUCAGCGCGGCCCGAGGACGGCCCGCCGUCAGCGCCUCCUUUCCUUCUCCUCCUCCUCCGCCCCGCGCUGAGGAGCUGCGAGAUGCUGCACCUCUGACUCCCCUCCUCCCCACCCCUGUCACCGAGAGGGGGACGAGCGCUCUCCCACUCGCCAGAGGAGACGGCCCUGGACUCCCAGCCCUGCCGGCCAAACCAUGAGCUCCGGCCAGCAGCAGCCGCUGCCGCCGCGGAGGGUCACCAACGUGGGGUCCCUGCUGCUCACCCCUCAGGAGAAUGAGUCCCUCUUCACCUUCCUCGGCAAGAAAUGUGUGACUAUGUCUUCGGCAGUGGUACAGUUAUAUGCGGCAGAUCGGAAUUGUAUGUGGUCAAAGAAGUGCAGUGGUGUUGCUUGCCUUGUUAAAGACAAUCCACAGAGAUCUUAUUUUUUAAGAAUAUUUGACAUCAAGGAUGGGAAACUAUUGUGGGAACAAGAGCUAUAUAAUAACUUUGUAUAUAAUAGUCCUAGAGGAUAUUUUCAUACCUUUGCUGGAGAUACUUGCCAAGUUGCUCUUAAUUUUGCCAAUGAAGAAGAAGCAAAAAAAUUCCGAAAAGCAGUUACAGACCUACUGGGCCGGCGACAAAGGAAGUCUGAGAAAAAACGAGACCCCCCAAAUGGUCCUAAUCUACCCAUGGCAACAGUUGACAUAAAAAAUCCAGAAAUCACAACAAAUAGAUUUUAUGGCUCACAAGUCAACAACAUCUCCCAUACCAAAGAAAAGAAGAAAGGAAAAGCUAAAAAGAAAAGAUUAACCAAGGCAGAUAUUGGAACACCGAGCAAUUUCCAGCACAUUGGACAUGUUGGUUGGGAUCCCAAUACUGGCUUUGAUCUGAAUAAUUUGGAUCCAGAAUUAAAGAAUCUUUUUGAUAUGUGUGGAAUCUCAGAGGCACAACUUAAAGACAGAGAAACAUCAAAAGUUAUAUAUGACUUCAUUGAAAAAACAGGAGGUGUUGAAGCUGUUAAAAAUGAACUACGAAGGCAAGCACCACCACCUCCACCACCCUCGAGGGGAGGGCCGCCACCUCCUCCUCCCCCUCCACAUAGCUCAGGCCCUCCUCCUCCUCCCGCCAGGGGACGAGGCGCUCCUCCUCCUCCGCCUUCGAGAGCUCCCACCGCUGCACCUCCACCACCACCUCCUUCCAGGCCAGGUGUGGGAGUCCCUCCACCACCACCAAAUAGGAUGUACCCGCCUCCACCUCCAGCCCUUCCCUCCUCAGCACCUUCAGGGCCACCACCACCACCUCCACCUCUGUCAGUGGCAGGAUCAGUGGCACCACCCCCACCGCCUCCACCUCCUCCUCCACCCGGGCCACCGCCUCCCCCUGGCCUCCCUUCUGACGGCGACCAUCAAGUUCCACCUCCUGCAGGAAACAAAGCAGCUCUUUUAGAUCAAAUUAGAGAGGGUGCUCAACUAAAGAAAGUAGAACAGAACAGUCGGCCAACAUCCUGCUCUGGAAGGGAUGCGCUUUUAGACCAGAUACGACAGGGUAUCCAACUGAAAUCUGUAUCUGAUGGCCAGGAGUCUACACCACCUACACCUGCCCCCACUUCAGGAAUUGUGGGUGCGUUAAUGGAAGUGAUGCAGAAAAGGAGCAAAGCCAUUCAUUCUUCAGAUGAGGAUGAGGAUGAAGAUGACGAAGAAGAUUUUGAGGAUGAUGAUGAAUGGGAAGACUGAUCAAUAUAUAUUAUAUAUAUAUAUUUUUAAGGUGAAAUACUAAACACUACUUUCUGUCUAUGGAUUCUGUAAAGUUAUCAUGUAAAUGUUCUACCAAUUUGCUGUAUAUUUUUGUUGCCUUUUUUGCUUUUUUUGUAAUUAAUCUGUGCAAUACCUCAUUUAAUCUGUAAAGGUUUGUCAUAUCUUCAACAAAGCUACUCCCUGUUAUUGUGUGCAAGUUUACACCAGAAUGCUCACUUUAUUUGUGAAUACUUUUCAUUCCAUCAACAAGGGAGCUUGAAUAUUAUGAGACUGACAAAAACCUUAAUGUAAUUUAGUUAUAAUGCCAGAAGGAAAACACUAUUUUCAUACCCUACUUUUUCUGUACCUAAAUUUUCUUAUUAAAAUCUAGUAUAGCACUACAUUCUUUUUUAAGUGAUGCAAACCUUAGUUUAUGUAGCUCCUUCAUUUUGAGUACAAUGGUACAUGAAUGUUGAAGCUGAUACAUCGCGUCGUUCUUCAGACAUCACUACACUGAUGAGUUUCUGAAAUUUUAGCAAUACGCUCUACAUAAAAUCCCUGCCGAGAUGCCAGUGGCGAAAAGCAGCCACACGCCUCUUACAGCAAUAUUGCCUGUGAUUGUACAGCAGUGGCAUUGGGAGGCUGGGAUCACAAGGAGCCCUCACGUACCUGCACUUGACUAAGGUGAUUUUUAUGCUUUACCAAAUGUUGCAGGCUCUUUGGCAAACCAAUUUUUUAAGCAUUUUUGGUAUUAUUCUGAAACAGCCAAGUUAUUUAAGUUGUCGGAGCUUGAGGCAUUAUGGCCAGAGUUUCAGUCUAUAUGACCUGAAGGGCUAUGCAUUGUGGUUACUCCAAUAUUUGGUUAAAAAUACCAUAAAAAUCAGAACAUGAUAAAAAAUGUUGUGGAAUUAAGUAUUUGUAUUUUUCAGCUUACAUGGGUUGAGAUAUUCAGAAAUAGCAACCAUGAAAGUCUAAUCUAGAAAAUUGCAAAUAAAUGCCCUAUAAUGCUAAACCUAAUAUGUUAUAUAUAUAUAUAUAUUUUGAUAACUCCUCAAGGUUUUUGUCACAUGUCAGGUGAAGGGUUACAUUUUUCUUAAAAGAUUGGUCAUCUUAAUGUCAAAUUUCUUGCGACACAUAACUGAAUGAUAGAUUUUUUUUUUUAAUAAAAUUUUACAACCUGCACAUUUGUUAUGCAUACUAAAUGGUGUGUUAAAAUUAGGGUCUCCUUGCCUCACUACAAUACACUAAUCUGCCUAAGGUGGUGGUUUUACAUUUAUAGCGCUAACUACCGUACCUACCUACUUUAAAUUUUAGGUGGAAAAUGAUUGGAUUUAAAUACAGCCACGUUUUUCUCACUUUGAGUCACAUGCAGCAUGUAGUUCACAUGUAUUUCAUUGCUGCAGUCACAAUAUCCACCUAAAAAUUAUGCUGUCUAGAAUUGUACUGACCAAAAUCUAGCAUUGUUGGCAUGAUCUUGACAGGCUGGACCUGCAAGAUGUGGCUUGGAUUUUAACCAGUUAUCACGUCAUCUCUAGGGAUCAUGUAUCUACUUAUAAUAAGAAAUAAUUUCAAGGGUUUUGUUGCUGAAAGCAGUAAGUGGUGCGGUAAAAUAGUUAAGUUAUUCAGAGAAUGUUAACCUUCCUUGCAAGAGUAAUUUAAGCACGUGGAAAAGAUUCCAGGCCGUUCAUUUCUUGCAAAAACAGUGCCCUCUGCUGCUAGAAACCUUUUUCUGCUUUUAUUUUUAUCGUGGCUUGAGCUCAGUGAGUCUGGUGUGGAUGAGGCUGAACAACUAUUAACCAAUAGAAUUAGGAAUUUGUGAAAAUGGUAAAUAGAACAGUAUAAUUAUUUUAAAUAACAUUAAGCAUUUUCCUUUUGACAUUAUAAAAAACAUUUUAAAUUUUCUAGAAAUGUCUUAAGGUAAUGCCAGUUUAAGAUCUUGCUUAACUUUUAGCCAAGGAAUUCAGGGUUUUUCAGUUAACUUUGGUAUGGUAAAAAUUUAUCAGGAACUGCUCUGAGCGGAGAACAUCAAUUCUUUAGGUUAGAAACACAAUUUUAAACAUGUAAGAAGGGUGUAUAAUUUGCCAAAAGGUAAUUGAGUUUAUUCUUCCUUUCUAAAGAAAAAACGGUUUUGUCAUCGUUGUUGUUACACAAAGUCUAAAUUACUGUUGGUUGAAACACGGCACUUGUAACGUUCCGUCCAGGCAUGACGACUCAAUCUGCUUUACUAAGUGAGAUGUAAAGGUUGCAUGUUUCAGUCCUCCGCCGUCUGGCUCUGUGGGCAGCACUGUACCUGUGCAUCGUCUGAAAGCCUCCCAUAUAUAUUCCAGCUAAAUGAUUGUCUGAUAGCCUUCCCGUUUAACAAGCUAGCAUGAGGCUUUUUCUAUCUAAACGCUACGUGAUAGACAAUUUCAGAUAGCCACGAAUUGUAUGUAUGAGAUUCAUAAAGACUUUCAAUCAUUCAUUUCCAUUUAUCAACUGAAAUUUUGUUUAGUAUGUGAAUUUUUUUUUUUUUUU